AUGGCACGUACCAAAUGUCGUACCGAUUAUAAAGUGUUGAUUGUUAAUUUUCGAUUGUUAGACCAAUAUUUGAAACCUGUGUUCUGUGUGGAUGUGAACAAGUUAUUGCAAGAUUUUUCUCAAGUUUAUCAGACCCAAUUGUGGUUCCCGAUGAAAUUUUACACGAUGAGAGGCUUUCCCAUGUCAGAAUUUGCUGCACUUCCCUUGUUUACAGGUUUGUUUGGAGACGACAACGAUACAGAUUUUAGUGAGUUUGAAGGUGGAAUUGAAACCACACUUUACAGUGCUAACAUGUUCAUGCAUGCAGAGGAACAAAGUGAAAAAUUAUACCGUCCCUAUCUAUCAUGCAUUUCUGGAGAGUAUCCACAUGUGAAGGCAUGCACCAAUGAAUUUUUAACUGUCAUUCAUCCGAUACACAUGUUUCGUUAUUUUGAAUUGGCAGAGUUGGCACCAAACGUCUCCGAUCAAGUGUUAAUUAAAUAUUUUAAGGACAAAAUUGAAAAGAGAGAAGAAGAGGAAUUGAUGAAUGAGAACAAUAGUGAGGAAGAAGAUGAUGUUUCUAACAAACGAAGAAAACUCGCAAUACCGAAUCAACAGCCAGAAGAUAGAGAAAUCAAGAAUAUGGUUAGAGAGAUAUUGGAGGAAAUUGGACCAAUGGACUAUUGUGACGCUUUAUUGAGGCAAUAUCAUUAUCGUCUAAAUCGGGUAGAUCAAGAAUCUAAAAUACCAGAUUCUUGGUGUAACACUCUCAGUGAUGACGAGCACAAAGACGAUGAAGAAGAUGAUGAUGAAGAAGACCAUAAUGACCAUCACGAUGAUGAAACAAGUGACAAUCAAGACAAUAUAAGGCUUACAUUAGAUUUGAAACCCUUGAGUAAUCAAUACGACAUGUUAUAUUGCAUUAUGAUGUUUAUUGGUGAUCCAAAAACCUUGUAUAACUUUUCAAUAGCAUGUCGAACAUUUUAUGAAAUGUUUCAACACAAAAAUACACAUCAUGAGUUGAUUAAAAGGUUAGCACGUGAUUUGGGAGUGAUUGUGUUGUAA